ACUUAAACCGGAAAUUUCAAUCACCGGAAAUGUAUGCCCCACCGUGUCAUUCACUGUUUAUCAGAGACUCAAAAGUCAACAAACACUCUUCUUCUUCUCCUUCAUUCAAUCAUUCACUGUCUUCUCCAUUGUUAACAAACCAACCGAUCCAUCCAUCCAUGAUCCAUCCCCCAUGGAUACAACAACCACAUUAUCCCCCAAUCUUCCUCUUCUCAAUUCACUCUUACCUUCUUCUCCAUCAAAAUCAAACCUCCAACCACCGGAGAUUUUAAACUCAAUCAACGAACUCAGUGACGUAUCAACUGCAUUAUCAGCAUUUUUUCAUGACUUGCGUAAUCAUAUUACUUCCAUUAGCUCCGCCAUUGACGCUCAACUGCCACCUCAUCUUCUUCUCUUUGAUACUACUACUAAUGCUACUACCACUAAACCGAUAUUCGCGGAACAGAACCCUAACGGAACGGAAAAAAGUAACGGUCAGUUGACAGUUGCAAAUAAUAAUGAUGAUGAUGAUUUGGGGAAUGUUGUAGAAGAAAGUAAUGAUAAGUUAGACGGAAUUGAUUUGUCGAACAAGAAGGAGGAGAAGGAGAGUGAUCUUUUGGUUAGUGAACAAGAUAUUGAUAUAAUGAUUGAGGAUAUGGAUUGUCAAUGUAAUGCUAUAAUUGAAGUAGAUAUUAUUCAAAAAAGAAAGAGUUUUGGGCAGGCAGGAGAAAUCGAUGAUUCCAAGGAGGAUGAGGGAACUGAUGUAUCCAAUGAGGAGGAUCCAGAAACCGAUGUAGCGCAGAAGAAUAAGAAGAGGAAGCUUGAAGAAACUCAUGUAUCAAAGGAGGAUGAAGAAAUCGAGAUAUUGAAGGAAAAGGAUAGGGAUAUUGAUGUAUCAAAGAAGAAGCCUGAUGAAAUCGAUACAGUAUUAAAGAAGAAGAAAAAGGAUGAGGAAAUCGGUAUAUCAAUGAAGAAGCAUGACAAAACUGAAGCUUUGAAAAGGCCUGCAGAGAUUGAUGUAUCAAUGAAGCCUGAAAUAAGUGAUAUCUUAUGGAAACCUGAUGCAGAAAUCGAUAUAUUGACCAAGACUAAAGAAAGGGAAAUGUCAAAGAAGGAUGCAGAAGAUGAUACUUUCAAGAGGCCGGCUCAAUUCGAUGCAUCAAAGGAACCUCAAGAAGAAACUGAAGUAUCAAAGAGACUUGUAGAAAAUGAUAUAUUGAAUAGGCCUAAAGAAAGUGAUGUACUAAAGGAAGCUCAAGAAGAAACCAAUGCAUCAAAUAAACUCAUAGAAAUUGAUAUAUUGAAUAAGCCUGAAGAAAUUGAUGUAUUAAAGAUACUUCUAGAAGAAACUGAUGCAUCAAAGAAACCCGUAGAAAAUGAUGUGUUGAAUCAGUCUGAAGAAGUUUAUGUAUUGAGUAAGCCUGGAGAAAUUGAUGUUCCAAAGAAACCCGAUGAAAUAGAUGUGUCAAAUAAGCCUGAAGAAAUCGAUGUAUUAAAGAAACCUUUAAAAGAAACUGAUGCAUCAAAGAAACCUGUAGAAAAUGAUGUAUUGACUCAGCCUGACGAAGUUUAUGUAUUGAAUAAGCCUGAAGAAAUUGACAUUCCAAAGAAGCCUAAUGAAAUUUAUGUGUCAAAUAAACCUGAAGAAAUUGAUGUAUCACAGAAGCCCGAUAAAAUUGAUGUGUCAAAUAAGUCUGAAAAUUUUGAUGUAUGGAAUAAGCCUGAACAAAUUGAUGUAUCGAAUAAAGUUGAUGAAAUUGAUGCAUCAAAGAAUCCCACAAUUGCCGUGUUAGAAUACCUGUGUAAAGAAAUGCGUGCCUAUACAAUGAAGAAACAUGUACUGGCAAAUAUUUCUGAAAUGAACUCACUCCAUCAAGAAAUCGCGAAGGCAUUGAAGCUGGCUAUAAAUCCAGCAAAACUUGUAUUAGACAGCAUUGGCAGGUUUUUCUUACAGACCAAUAGAGCAUACUGCUAUCGGGAAUCUAGGCAACAUAACAUUGCGGUAAGGCAGGCUUCAGUUUUGAUUUUGGAAUGUUUUGUAAUGAUAAGCGGUGAUGGCAUUGAGAUCACAAAAGAAGAUAGAGAAUACUCAGAGAAUACUGCAAUUGAAUGGAGAAAACAGAUGAUUAAAGAAGGUGGAUUGAUAUACAUGGAGACUGUUGAUGCCAGGGGAUUGCUUCUGUUUAUCAGUGGAUUCGGGAUUCCAGAUGAUGUUUUCUCGAAUAAGGAUUUGAGUGAUUUGAUCAGGGCUAGUAAUGUGAAGGAAAUAUCCAAAGCACUUUGUCAUUCUACUAUUCUUAUCCCAAAACUUCCAGAAAUAAUUGAUUGGAUGGUGAAGAAUAAUCUUGAAAUUGUAGCUGUUGAUAUGGUCUAUACCUUCGGGUUGGAGGAUAAGUGCCACCCUGAGACCAUAUUGAUGACAUUCCUACACAAUAAAAUUAAAGACACUCAGAGCGGAUCUUCUUUACAAGUGUAUGCAGCAACGAUGCAACAGUUAUCUGAUCUGAAAUCUAUACGAGGAGUUUUGGAAACUCACAAGAUUGAUCCCUCAAAGUUCCUUCCUAGCGUCAACAUCAAUGAAAAAAUCGAUCAACUAGAGAAGGUAAUAUAUGAGCUAGAUUUAAGGUUGACUGAAGAAAAGUCAACACUAAAGAGAAAAGGAAAUGAAAUUGAUGUAUCAAAGAAGCCCGCAAUUGCCAUGUUAGAAUUGUUGUGCAAGGAAAUGAGUGCCAAGAAAAUGAAGAAGCAUGUAGUGGCACAUAUUUCUGAGAUGAACUCACUGCAUCAAGAAAUCGCAAAGGCAUUGAAGCUAGCUAGAAAUCCUGUGAAACUUGUAUUAGACAGCAUUGGCAGGUAUUUCUUACAAAGUAGUGGAGCAUACUACUCUAGCGAUGGGCACCGGCAGAUUGCGAUAAGGCAGGCUUCAGUUUUGAUUUUGGAAUGUUUUGUGAUAAUAAGCGGUGAUGGCAUUAAGAUCACAAAAGAAGAUGCAGAAUAUGCAAAUAAUGCUGCUAUUGAUUGGAGAAAACGGAUGCUCAAAGAAGGUGGAUUGAUAUGCAUGGAAGCUAUUGAUGCCAAGGGAUUGCUUCUGUUUAUCAGUGGGUUCGGGAUUCCUGAUGGUGUUUUCUCGAAUGAGGAUUUCAGAGAUUUGAUCAAGGCUAGUAGUGCGAAGGAAAUAUCCAAUGCACUUCGUCAUUCGACUAUUCUAAUCCAUAAACUUCCAGAAGUAAUUGAUUGGAUGGUGAAAAAUAAUCUUGAAAUUGAAGCUGCUGAUAUUGCCUAUACUUUUGGGUUGGAGGAUAAGUGCCACCCUGAGACCAUAUUGCUGACUUUCCUACACAAUAAAAUUCAAGAUAUUCAGAGCGGAUCUUCUUUACAAGUGUAUGCAUCAACAAUACAGCAGUUAUCUGAUCUGAAAUCCAUACGAGGAUGUUUGGAAACUCACAAGAUUGAUCCCUCAAAGUUCCUUCCUGCCAUGAAAAUUAAUGAAAAAUUAGAACAACUGGAGAAAGUAAUAAAUGAGCAAGAUUUAAAGUCGACUGGAGAAAAGUCAACACUAAAAAGGAAAGAAAAAGAAACAGACCUUUCAAAAGAUCCGAACAAUCAGCAGCAAGCAAAACGUAUUUGUUUUAGUCAUGAAAACUUGUCACAUGAGCAGAACCCCCAUGACCACUAUGGCAUACAUCCAUUUAAACGAUCGACACAACCAAGUUGCAGUAGCUACUUUGACCAAAACCUUCCUAAUAGUUAUUAUGUCAUAGCCUAUUCCGCUUCAUCUGUAUUUAGUGCACCUGUACUGCCCCCAAACAUAACUAGCUCAGUGCAUGGUGGUUUAGCUGGUUCUUAUGGCCCCUAUGUUUAUGGUGGACUUGUUGCUGAAGCCAUGCCUCACACGAAUAACCCUGGGCCUUACUUCUUGCUCAGGGGUCAACCACAUUCCCGACAAAGUCAAGCAUGUGAUCCAUACCCAUCAUUAUUUACAGGAAUGCCGGAUCAUUCCCUGCCAGGUGGCUUUUUUAAAAGGGGGGUCCCAUCUUCUAACAGGACAUUUGUACUAAACCCCGUGGACCCCAAAGGCUCAACUUCAAACCAACAACAACAACAAGAAGAUCAUGAUCAUCCUCAACAACACAACAACAACAACAACAUGGACGAUACCAACAAAAACAUUGAACUCACCGAAAUCAAUGAUUUCCAGAUUACAGAACAUCAAGACUCGUUAUCAGUUGGAGUAUCAAAAUAGUUAACACCAAAGCGCACUUCAAACGAAGACAGACACACAAAAGUAGAAGGCAGAUUUAAUAUAUAUGCGCCUGAUUUAUGUGCUGCAAGAAUUGAU